AAAGGCUCUGCAUGCGAAGAGGAGGAGCUCCGCUGGCGUGGCAAGCGGCUAGCAGGCGGUGACUCUCUUCUUCCUCCUUUUCCUCUCAUCACCCUCUUCCUCGCCAUUCUCGUCUCUCUCUCUUCCUUGCUUCCAUUCGAAUCCUAACCCUAACCCUAUCCCCAACCUUGGGGGUGGGUGGCUGGCCGGCUGGAGCCGAGGAGGGUUCCCUUCUCUUAUUUCAAUCAGAAGAUAUAUACAACACAUAAAGAAGACAAAGAAGAGUAAGAUGCGGCGCUGGCUUUGCUGUGCUCGUCAUUUGGGCGGUUCUUACCAUGCUCAUGAAAAUGAAUACCUGACAAGCCCAACAGAUGAUGCAUAUGGCAUGCCAAAGUACUCUGCUGGUCCCAAAAAUGAACCCCCCAAGGCACCACCUCCGAUAGAAGUGCCAGCACUCUCAUUAGAUGAAUUAAAAGAUAAGACUGAUAAUUUUGGAUCAAAGGCUUUGGUAGGUGAGGGAUCAUAUGGAAGAGUGUAUCUUGCAGUUUUGAACGAUGAGAAGCAGGUGGCCUUGAAAAAACUUGAUUCUUCAUCAGAGUCCGAGACCAAUGCUGAAUUUUUGGCUCAGGUUUCAGUGGUGUCGAGGUUGAAGCAUGAAAAUGUUGUAGAAAUGUUGGGGUAUUGUGUUGAAGGAAAUCUGCGAUUGUUGGCCUAUGAAUUUGCUACAAUGGGUUCUUUACAUGACAUCCUUCAUGGUAGAAAAGGAGUUCAAGGCGCACAACCUGGUCCCCCACUUGACUGGAUGCAGCGUGUCAGAAUUGCUGUUGAUGCUGCAAAGGGGCUCGAGUAUCUUCAUGAGAAGGUUCAGCCUUCUAUAAUACAUCGUGACAUCAGAUCGAGCAAUGUCCUUUUGUUCGAGGACUUUAAAGCAAAAAUUGCAGAUUUUAAUCUCCUAAAUCAGGCACCUGAUAUGGCUGCUCGUCUCCAUUCAACUCGUGUCCUUGGAACUUUUGGUUAUCAUGCACCAGAGUAUGCUAUGACAGGCCAGCUUACACAGAAAAGUGAUGUAUAUAGUUUUGGUGUUGUUCUUCUGGAGCUGCUGACUGGCAGGAAACCAGUUGACCACACAAUGCCCAGAGGGCAGCAAAGUCUGGUUACUUGGGCAACUCCUAGAUUGAGUGAGGAUAAGGUCAAACAAUGUAUAGAUCCAAGAAUGAAUGGAGAUUAUCCACCAAAGGCAGUUGCAAAGUUUGCUGCUGUGGCUGCUCUCUGCGUGCAAUACGAAGCUGAGUUUAGGCCUAAUAUGAGCAUUGUGGUCAAGGCACUGUCUCCACUUCUUCUAAGUAAACAAGUCGCUCCCCUUACAGCUUCAGAUGCCCCAUCUCUAGUUUCUUAAUGAUGCAGUGAUAAAUAUAUUCACAAAGUUUGGUUGAUUAUUUGGUUAUAUUCCUCGGGAGAUGUUCUUUUGUGGCAUCAUGUAUGUAAGCUGGCAUGUGUUCAUAUCUCUGUUUUCAUUGCAAAUUUGCUGUCUUGUGACUACAUUGGAUUAUAACUGUAAUCAAUUGUACGUCAUGUGCCAAACUCAAUAAGAUAUUUGUUUGAUCCAAA